GGUUUACACAAGAGGGGAGCACUGUUGGAGGGUGUGGAGGCCACUACUAGACAGCACACAUAAAUGUCCACAUCUGUAUAUAUAUGUCAUCUGUAUACAAGUGAAUGGGGUUACGCUCCUUUGACCCUACAGCCGUUCAGACCGGUUCUGAUAGUACCACUUAAACCCACUUUCAACGGAAACAGUACCCCGUCGCCGUUCGCCUCGCGAAGAAUCAUCUCGGAGGGACAGAGGAAGAAAGAGAAAAAGAGAGAGAGAGAGAGAAAGAGAGAGAGGGGAUCUUGGGUGACCGUACGGACAGAAGAAGGACGGUUUGCGUUGGCGCUGGACGGAUGAGAUGGUGUGCCCACGGUGCCCAGCCCUGCUGCUGCCCGCCGCUCUGGUCCUGGUCCUGAGCGCGCUGGCGCUGGAGGCAAAAGAGUGCGUGUGCAAUGGGAAGUCCAGGUGCCACUGUAAAGGAGUGAAAGGAGACCAGGGGGAGAAAGGGUACCCCGGGAUCGAUGGACCCAGUGGGUUGAUCGGGUUUCCGGGACUCGAGGGACCAGUGGGACCUGCGGGCCUGAAGGGGUCCAACGGUCGUCCUGGGGCCCGUGGAUUCAAAGGCAACCGGGGAACUCCAGGAGAACCAGGGUUUGCUGGAACUCCAGGGUUGCCAGGAACGCCAGGAAAUAUGGGAGAGAUGGGACCUCCAGGUUUCCCAGGAUGCAAUGGGACAAAGGGGGAAAAAGGUUAUCCUGGUCGCCCUGGUUAUCCUGGAUUGGACGGACCAAUGGGUUUUAGGGGUGCACCUGGACCAAAGGGUGACUCAGCUUCGCCCCCUCGUGAAGUUAAAGGGCAACAAGGGCCACCAGGAAGUCCUGGCAUCAACGGACAGCCGGGGUUUCCAGGAGCAAUGGGCCCACCUGGGCCUCCAGGGCCUAUAGGCGCACAGGGAGCAUUGGGUUUGCGUGGCCGACCAGGGGAAAAGGGUAGGGAAGGGCGGAGCACGGGGAUUCCAGGCCCCAGAGGCCAGAAGGGCGAUCGAGGUCCGCCCGGGGUCCCGGGGUUGAAGGGAAUUAAGCUGUACGCCACGGCGCCCAAGGAUCUGAAGGGGGACCCAGGCGAAAAGGGUGAAAAGGGUUGCCGAGGAACCCCAGGUCGUCCUGGACACUCAGCACUGACGGGUGUGAAAGGGGAUCCUGGGGAUCCAGGUGGUGAGGGGAAACCCGGCAAAGAUGGCAACCGUGGACUGCCUGGAUUGGAGGGUCACGAAGGACGCCGGGGGAUUCCAGGUGCCGUGGGGAUCCCAGGGUCAAAGGGAGAGAAAGGUUCAACAGGCCUCCCAGGCCCUCCAGGGUCGGUGACAUUGGUAGGGAACUUCAGCAAAGGGCGGCAGGGAAUACCUGGACCACCUGGACCCAAAGGCUCACCUGGCCCCCCAGGUGAAGAUGGUUUUCCUGGACAUCCAGGAGCCCCAGGUGAAAGAUUCUCCCAGGGACCUCCAGGGCUCCCUGGUCCCCCGGGUCUAAUUGGCCCAAAGGGAGAGAAGGGUGAUUCUGAUGGAUACAUCCCAGGACCCCCAGGCCAAGAUGGACGUCCAGGGAACCCUGGUCCCCCAGGCGACCAAGGCCCCCCAGGCCGCAGGACAGGCAUUCCAGAACCUCGAGGGCCAAAGGGCCAGAAGGGAAUUCUGGGGGAACCAGGACUGAUGGGUCAGCCCGGAAACACAGGGGACAAGGGCGUGUCAUGUCUCUGUUCUGGGAAAGGAACUGGGCUCUUCGGUCUCCCUGGGCCUCCUGGUCCGCCAGGACAACCCGGCUGGAAUGGGCAGCCUGGUCAGAAGGGAGACAUGGGAAUCAAAGGACUCAUGGGUCCCUCAGGUCCUCCGGGCCCAGAUGGCAGACCAGGUCCUCCAGGCUACCCAGGGCAGAAGGGGGACGGAGGCAUCAGUCCUCGGCCAGCAUGCAAGGGUGACAGAGGUUCCCCAGGAUACCCGGGGAGUCCCGGUCAACACGGAGCACGGGGGCGCCAUGGACACCCAGGGGCCAAGGGCCAACGGGGCCCCAAGGGCGAUUCGCAUGGGCUGCUAGGCUCAAAGGGGGAACGGGGCCCUCCGGGGUCUCUUGGUCGUCAUGGAAACCAGGGUCUAACAGGAAUCCCAGGGCCGCCAGGUUUUGGGCCAUCCGGCGUUCCAGGGCAGAAGGGCAAUCGAGGGGUAGAGGGCACCCUGGGCACACCUGGAGCGCCAGGUGAAAAAGGGGAUUGCAGCAAUAUUUUGACAAACAGAGGAGACCCGGGUCCAAAAGGAAACAGGGGUGACCCAGGGAUACCUGGUCCACCAGGAAUAGGUAUUGGUUAUCCUGGGGUGCCAGGUUUACCUGGUUUUCCUGGUGAUAAGGGGGAAAAGGGCACUCCUGGAACACAGCAAGUUAUCCCAGGAGAGAAAGGUGACAGAGGCCCUCCCGGGCAGCCAGGUGCUCCUGGGUUUGGGGCGCCAGGACUGCAAGGCAUUUCGGGACCCCCUGGAUUCCAGGGUGAAAAGGGCUAUGUGGAGUCUGGCCCCCAGGGGCCCACGGGUAGGCUGGGGCCCCCAGGUCCGAGUGGAGAUCUUGGUGCCCCAGGAGAUUUUGGGCAGAGGGGGUUUCCUGGCCCUACUGGAAGUCCAGGACGAGAUGGUCCACCUGGAGUGAAAGGGGAGAAAGGGGUUGCUGGUGUCACAGGCCCACCUGGCCUCCCCGCGCCCUGCCAAAAUGGACUUCCCGGUCCACAGGGACUUCCUGGGCCGAGAGGAGAGUGGGGUUUCACAGGACCUCGAGGGCUGAAGGGGCUGAAGGGCGAGCCGGGCCUUCCUGGGUUCAGCCAGCCUGGACCCAAAGGGGAGAUCGGACCACCUGGGGUUUCCCUACCUGGAGGGCUAGGACCGUUCGGGUCAAAGGGUGUCCCUGGGUCGGAUGGCCUUCCUGGACUUCCAGGCCCCUUGGGAGAUCCUGGAAACCCAGGCCCCCCUGGAUAUGGACCAGAUGGACCUCCUGGAUAUGAUGGACCACCAGGACCAAAAGGGUCUCCGGGACUCUCUGGUCCGGAAGGCCCCAAAGGAAGCCAAGGAAUGCUGGGGGAUACUGGAGCCCCUGGAAUACCAGGACCACAGGGCAUUGUAGUGGGGGAUAAAGGUGACCCCGGUCCCCCAGGUCAGGAGGGGCAUACUGGUGUGAAAGGGAAUGCAGGUGAUCCAGGACCCAAAGGACAAGAUGGGAGGAAUGGGAUACCAGGAAGACAUGGCACACAAGGUGCUCCAGGUGAGCCUGGUCUUGGGGGGUUUCCUGGACAACCUGGCGAUCCUGGUUCCCCUGGAGACCGUGGAUUAGGGGGACACCAAGGGUUGAAAGGAGAGAAGGGACCCGCAGGUGUGCCCGGGGGAGGAGGGCCACCUGGGGCACCUGGCGUACGUGGACACAAAGGAGCGAAAGGAGAGCCCAACUUCAGCAGGCCCGGUCCAGCAGGACCACCUGGCCCGAAGGGAGAGCUUGGAUAUCCAGGUUUAUAUGGUGUGAAGGGUGAAAAGGGGGUUUUGGGGAGCCCAGGGGGCGUUGGCCUCGAUGGCAGCAUUGGAGACAAAGGAGACGCAGGCCCCCCCGGAGAUCCAGGACCCCAGGGGAUCCCCGGAGGGCAGGGGUAUAGCGGAUCCCAGGGUGCACCGGGGCCUCCGGGGCCAUACGGCCCACCAGGCAUUCCGGGGACUCCUGGAAUUCCGGGGCCUAGGGGACUCAAAGGAAACCAGGGAAAGGACAGCAUUCCGGGACCCCCGGGACAGAAGGGAGAGCCAGGGGCGGUGCUCGGGAGCCCAUGCGUGCGGGGGGAGAAGGGCCUGCUCGGUCAGAAAGGAGAACCAGGAAGUCCUGGGCCUGACGCACCAGGGCUACCAGGAGUCCCGGGGGAAAAAGGAUCGCCUGGUCUGAGGGGACUUCCUGGUUACUGUGGCAACCCUGGGGCAGAUGCGAUCUGUUCUUUUGGGCCGAAAGGGGACCCCGGGCCGGACGGCUGUCCUGGAGUCCCUGGACCACAGGGACCACCAGGCCUGCCCGGUCCUCCAUCACAAGCUUAUAAAGGAGAUAAGGGGGAAGCGGGCUGGCCUGGACCAGUGGGCCCAAACGGCUACAGAGGCGACAUUGGGGUUCUUGGGCAGCCGGGAGAACAGGGAGGCCCCGGCCAGCCUGGGCUCAAAGGUGACAUUGGGCUCACUGGACAACCAGGACCAGUCGGUGAGAGAGGAGAUGCCAAUUUGUAUCCUGGGCCCAAAGGGCCCACCGGAGAGAAGGGGCCCCCAGGGCCACCAGGCCCAAAGGGAUAUGCAGUUCCGGGGGAAGUCAUUGUGAUCAAAGGGGACCAAGGGCCAACUGGAGACCCAGGAUUUCCAGGGCCCCGGGGCCCCACAGGUCCCCCAGGACAACAAGGGCCUCAAGGGGUCCUCGGGCGCAGGGGAGUCUCCAGGCACGGUCGCCCCGGCUACCCAGGUUUUCCGGGACCGAAAGGAGAAAGAGGCCGGUCGGGGUUGCCAGGGGAGCUGGGGGACACGGGGUCCCCCGGGCGGAAGGGCCAGCAGGGCCUCCCAGGGGGCGUGGUCCCGUCCACGCGCGCGGAGAGCUUCCUGGUCACUCGGCACAGUCAGACGGCCCAGGACCCCCAGUGCCCCACGGGCAGCACCAAAAUCUACUCCGGAUACUCCCUACUUUACAUCAACGCCAAUGACAGGGGGCAUGGACAGGACCUGGGAACCCUGGGAAGCUGCCUGCGUCGCUUCAGCACCAUGCCGUUCCUGUUCUGUGACAUCGAGGGGACCUGUCGCUACGCCUCUCGAAAUGACUACUCCUAUUGGCUCUCCACCGCCGAGGAGACGCCCAGAAGCAUGGAGCUAAUUCCUGCUGAAGACCUGCACAAGUUCAUCAGCAGGUGUUCGGUUUGUGAGACCAGCAGGAACACGAUCGCCGUCCACAGCCAGACCACUCGAACCCCGGACUGUCCCCGGGGCUGGGGCUCCCUGUGGACCGGAUUCUCCUUCGCCAUGCAAACGGCGGCCGGGGCUGAAGGCUCUGGGCAGCCACUGGCUUCUCCGGGCUCCUGUCUGGAGAGUUUCCGGCAGGUUCCCUUCAUCGAGUGCCACGGGCGCGGCACCUGCAACUACUACCCCGACUCUUACAGCUACUGGCUGGCCUCCCUCGACCCUGACGAUGUGUUCAGGAAGCCAGUUAGUCAAACGGUGAAGAGGCCAAACUUGGAAACCGUCAUCAGUCGCUGCCAUGUCUGCAUGAAACAGUAGUGCAAGAAAGGGGGGGGUGGGGGCCCCGAAUAGACUGAAUCGCAAAAAAACCCAAAAAUAAGUCAAUCAUAACAAGUAUUUAUGUCUUAUAUUUAGACUUAAAAUCUAAUUUCCUCCUACCAGCGACAAAAUAAAAAGUGAUGGCCAUAUCGUACACUUUGCUCACACACUUGUAUCACAACUGCAUCCGAAGAAUCCUGCACUACAGAAACAGGAAGCAGCUCCGGAGAGUCUCAUUUCCAACAUGACCACAGGAUGGCAGUAGAGAGCUGAGUGGACGGGAUCUGGUCUGGCAACGAUAGUGCAGCUCAUCUCAAGUACGCGAUUCAGCUGGGUGUGAAAUUAAAACUCCGAGCGUAAUGUGGUGUAAUUGAACAGCAAAUAUUUAUUUCGCUACAGUGUCCAGACGGCUUUUUCCACAGCACUUUAUUUCAGCUAGGGCAUAUCCCCGUACGCUCAUGUGGAAAAAAUAGUACACUUAAGCAUAUCGGAAGCACAAUUAUAUGAACAUAAUUUAUCCAUCAGGUAUGCUACGUUAUACUAUAGUAUACUUCCAGCAGGCUAUUUUCCACACGGGUGACACUACAACCAUUUGUUUAUUGUAUUUUUGGAAAAAUACUGUGUAAUAGCACAUUGUUACCUUCCAACCACGCAGUCAAACUCUAACCAUAUUCUUACUAUAAGUCAGUCUUGCUAAAUUUCCAUAAUUAUCUGAAAAAAUGUGAGCCUUCUUAGCAGCUGUACAGCACUUAAAUCACGCAGGAUUCGUGUACAUUCACUGUGGUGGCAUGUUAUCUGUAAAUUUCAGCUUAAUAUUUUAUGUUUUCAAAGUGUUCUGUGAGAUCUUUCUGCGAGUCUUGAAAUACAAAGAAUUCAAUUAUUCUGCGCAGGUUUUCUUCAGAGGUUUUUCGGUUUAGGUUUAGAGGAAAGUAAUUUUCUUAUUUUUGAUUAAAUGGUGGAAUUUGUUAAUUAAUUUCUCGCUAAACUUUAAAUUAAAUAGACAUUUUGACUCCUG